UACUGUGAGUAUGGGAUGGUACAUGUCCUUUCAGAGAAGGGGAGCAGCAAAGGAAAAGACUACUGUAUCCUCUUCAACUCUCAGUGGGCCCAUUUGCCACAUGAUCUGGGUAAAGCUUCACUCUUGCAACUGCAGGAUCAGACAGCAUCUGUUUUGUGUUCUCCUUCUGAUGUACCUGAUGGGGGAUUUAAUAAUCAAAUCCCUAUGGUGAUGCGAGGGAAUUGCACCUUCUAUGAGAAAGUGAGGCUUGCUCAGAUAAAUGGAGCUCGUGGGCUGCUCAUUGUUAGUAGAGAGAGACUGGUUCCUCCUGGGGGUAACAGGAGUCAAUAUGAAGAAAUUGAUAUUCCUGUGGCUCUGCUCAGCUAUACUGAUAUGUUAGAUAUUGGCAAGAGUUUUGGCAGCUCAGUGAAAGGGGCGAUGUAUGCACCAAAUGAGCCUGUGCUAGACUAUAACAUGGUAAUUAUAUUUGUCAUGGCUGUGGGGACUGUUGCAAUUGGAGGAUACUGGGCAGGAAGCAGAGAUGUGAAAAAGCGGUACAUGAAGCACAAACGUGAUGAUGGGGCAGAGAAACAUGAUGAUGAAACAGUUGAUGUGACUCCAAUAAUGAUCUGUGUAUUUGUUGUGAUGUGCUGCUCAAUGCUGGUCCUCCUUUAUUUCUUCUAUGACCACUUAGUCUAUGUUAUCAUAGGAAUAUUCUGCCUGGCUGCUUCAAUUGGUCUUUACAGUUGUCUGUCUCCCUUUGUAAGAAGAUUCCCCUUGGGAAAGUGUAGAAUCCCAGACAACAACUUGCCUUAUUUUCACAAGCGUCCCCAGGUCCGGAUGUUGCUAUUGGCGGUAUUUUGUAUCUCUGUGAGCGUAGUCUGGGGAAUCUUCAGAAAUGAAGAUCAGUGGGCCUGGGUUCUGCAAGAUGCUUUAGGAAUCGCUUUCUGUCUUUACAUGUUGAAAACAAUUCGCCUGCCUACAUUUAAGGGUUGUACCUUGCUCCUCCUGGUUCUUUUUGUGUAUGAUGUAUUCUUUGUAUUUAUUACACCUUUUCUAACAAAGACUGGGGAGAGUAUAAUGGUGGAGGUGGCUGCAGGCCCAUCUGAUUCUGCCACUCAUGAAAAGCUCCCAAUGGUCCUGAAGGUUCCGCGACUGAACUCCUCACCGUUGGCUCUGUGUGACAGGCCUUUUUCUCUCCUAGGAUUUGGAGACAUUUUAGUUCCAGGCUUACUGGUAGCCUAUUGCCAUAGAUUUGAUAUUCAGGUGCAGUCGUCCAGAGUUUAUUUUGUAGCCUGCACAAUAGCAUAUGGCAUAGGCCUUCUUGUGACCUUUGUUGCCUUGGCAUUGAUGCAGAUGGGCCAGCCCGCUCUCCUCUACUUGGUGCCCUGUACUCUUCUCACAAGCUUUGCUGUGGCUCUUUGGAGAAAGGAGCUUGCCAUGUUCUGGACGGGCAGCGGCUUUGCGGUGAAUACCAGUUUGAUAUGAGUGUCUUCAAGAAAUACUAAUAUUAUAAAAACCUAACUAGAAUUAAAAAAGACCUACCUCAGCCUCCCUUGGUGAUAGCUCCUGUCAACUGCCCUGAGCUUCCCAAAGAUACCAAUGUACCAGCCUCUCAACAAGACACAGAACAAAUGACCAGUCCUACCCUCCAUGUGAAGGAGCUGCAUGGCCCCACCUCAGCUGCAGAGGAGCUGGCUGAUACUGACACAAAGACGGACCGGUCAGAAAUUUCUAUUGCACAGAGUGAGGAACCAGCUGGUCAGAAUAAGGACAGCCUUGAAAGCAAAUGCCUAAAUGCAGAGCAAAACCAGCUGGAAUAAACGAUGUGAUA